GUUGUGAGACGCCGUCGUAAACGGCACCGUUCAGUUGAAUGUAACAUCUUAGCGUGAUGAUGCUAAGCUAGCUGUCAGCCAGGUAUCCACGGGUUUAGCUGCCGAGCCGAGUUAGGUACCGGAUGUUUCCGGUUCUAUCUCACUGGCCGUCUUGACAUUCCCUCUACAUUCCUGGACGAAUUCGUGUCGACUGACCAGAGUCCGCGAAUUCAAGUCCAUUCCUGAUCUAUAAUCUCUUCCCGACAGUGUGGCUUAGCUUGCCGGCUAACUCGAAGAGCCAAACUGACGAGCAGCAGAGUUUACACUUAAGGACCACACCCAGACAAAGAUGUCCCUUCACCAGUUUCUGUUGGAACCCAUCACCUGCCACGCGUGGAACCGCGACAGGACACAAAUUGCUAUCAGCCCUAACAACCAUGAAGUUCAUAUCUACAAGAAGAGUGGGAACCAGUGGGUGAAGACCCAUGAGCUGAAGGAGCACAACGGUCACAUAACAGGGAUUGACUGGGCUCCCAAAAGUGACCGUAUAGUGACAUGCGGAGCGGACCGUAACGCCUACGUGUGGUCUCAGAAAGAUGGGGUGUGGAAGCCCACGCUGGUCAUCCUCAGGAUCAACCGAGCAGCCACGUUCGUCAAGUGGUCUCCGCUGGAGAACAAGUUUGCAGUUGGCAGUGGAGCUCGACUCAUCUCCGUGUGCUACUUUGAAUCUGAAAACGAUUGGUGGGUGAGCAAGCACAUAAAAAAGCCUAUCCGCUCCACCAUCCUCAGUCUAGACUGGCAUCCCAACAAUAUCCUUCUAGCUGCUGGCUCGUGUGACUUCAAAUGCAGGGUGUUCUCAGCCUACAUUAAGGAGGUGGAAGAGAAACCAGGCCCCACACCCUGGGGUAGCAAGAUGCCAUUUGGGGCUAUUCUAGCAGAAUUUGGGGGAGCAGGUGGAGGGGGAUGGGUCCACUCUGUUUCUUUCUCAGCCUCUGGUAACCGUCUGGCGUGGGUCAGCCAUGACAGUACAGUCACUGUGGUAGACAGCUCGAAGACUGCCAGUCCCUCACAGCUGAAGACAGAAUUCCUCCCUCUCCUCAGUGUCAUUUUUGUUUCAGAGAACAGUCUAGUAGCUGCGGGCCACGACUGUUGCCCUAUGCUCUUCCGUUGUGACGACGGUGGAACGCUGACAUUUGUGUCGAAGCUUGACCUCCCUAAACAGAGCAUCCAGAGGAACAUGUCAGCCAUGGAGCGCUUCAGGAACAUGGACAAGAGAGCCACCACUGAGGACCGCAACACAACCCUGGACACACUGCACCAGAACAGCAUCACCCAAGUGUCUAUCUAUGAGGGAGAUAAAAGGGAUUGUCGUAAGUUCUGCACCACUGGCAUCGACGGAGCAAUGACUAUUUGGGACUUUAAGAGCCUAGAAGCUUCUAUUCAGGGUCUGCGCAUCAUGUGAAGACGUAUGAAUGAAUGAAGAAACGCUGCAGCCUCAUGCCCACACACACACACACUCCACACCUGUGUGAUGCAGCAGUAACAUACAUAACUGACCACCUUAUUGAGUGUCUGCCUCAGCACUCAGACCAUUAUACUCUCUAGUGGGUGUGUACCUACAUGCUCAUAUCUUCACACACACACACACACACAGCGUGCUGAUAUGUGAGAUCACUAAUUUUCUUUAUUUGGUUUGUUUGCUUUUAAAUGAAGGUUAACCAGGUGUAAAAGUGGGAAGGUUUUCUGACACGUAUUAAACGUGAUGUGACGUGUGUUUUUAUGUUUUCUAACCUCCAGUACCAAAAGUUGAACACUAAAAGGUGUGUUUUAUCCAAAAAUCAGACUUUAUUCACCUCAGAUCAACCGUAACAUGAUCGAUCAAUGUAGGUGUUGAGUCCUGUACUCUGGUGGCUGGGAAUCUGCUCUUCCCUGGAGGAUCUAAUUAUCUGUUGUUGGGAUUAAGGCCUGGGGGUAUCGAUGUUCUAAGUACGUGUUGAUGGUUGUCUGCUAAAAUCUGGAGAAAAGCAGCGGUCUCAAGUGUGGGUGGAGCCAUGGCUGACCAGCACUAGGCUCUGUAGCCACUAGACUAAAAACCACAAAUGGAGGAUUUCUAUGUAACUGAUCAUGAGGUAGACGUGAAAUAAAGAUGAAAUACAUUUACACUACACAAAAA